AGGUACAUCUUUUAAUUCCGAGCUCACAACGCUUUCUUCUCCCUGCUCCGUCUUCAAUUUUUGUUUUCCUUUGAUUAUGGCAACUCCGUUGGAUGGUUUUGUUUCCUCGAAUAAUGCUUCUCCUCGCCUUCCAUCAUUCCCCAAGUUUCACUUCGACCUCUAUCCCAAUUCUAGCUUUUCUCGAAAUUCCAUGAAUGUAGCUUGUAGGAUGCAUUUCAAUGCGGUAUGGGCCCGUAAUAGACCCAAUUGUCAAUUUUCUCCAAUUGCUAUACGUACGGAUUGCGAAGGUGUUAAUGUCCCAAUCCCUGGUAGUUUUGUUUUGUUUGAUCAUAAUUCCCAGGUUGUUAAAUUAAAUGCUUGUCGAGUUGAUAAUUUGUUUGGAAAGAAGCUGACUAAGUUUUACGUCAAGGAUGUUAAGUGCGUGGAUGGUGACAGUAAGGUGUUCGAUGAAAUUCCUGAGAGAACGCUGCCAACCUAUGCAGCUUUGAUUAGGGCGUAUUGUCGAUCAGAGAAAUGGAAUGAGCUCUUUGCUGCAUUCAGAUCGAUGGUUGAUGAGGGUAUACUACCUGAUAAAUACUUAGUGCCCACGGUUCUCAAAGCAUGUUCCAGAAGACAAAUGGUGAAGACUGGUAAAAUGGUUCAUGGGUAUGCCAUUAGGAAGAGGAUGGUCUCUGAUAUUGUUAUUGGAAAUGCUCUUAUGGAUUUCUAUGGAAAUUGUAGGGAUUUGGGUUCUUCGAUCAAUGUUUUUGAUUCGAUGAGUGAAAAAGAUGUGGUUUCGUGGACUGCGCUUGUCUCUGCCUACAUUGAAGAAGGUCUUUUGAAUGAGGCGAUGAAAGUAUUUCACUCCAUGCAGUCUAGUGGGUUGAAGCCCGAUUUGAUAUCUUGGAAUGCACUGGUCUCAGGGUUUGCUCGAUAUGGAGAGACUAAUACUGCUCUCACAUACUUGGAAGCCAUGCAAGAAGAAGGAUUGAGACCAAGGGUUAAUUCAUGGAACGGAGUCAUAUCAGGCUGUGUUCAAAAUGGAUAUUUCAAAGAUGCUUUGGAUGUAUUUAUUAAUAUGCUGUUGUUUCCUGAGAAUCCAAAUUCUGUUACUGUUGCGAGUAUACUACCAGCUUGUGCAGGGUUGAGAAAUCUAGGUUUAGGCAGGGCUGUUCAUGCAUAUGCUCUUAAGUGUGAGUUGUGUACAAACAUUUACGUCGAAGGAUCAUUAGUUGAUAUGUAUUCGAAAUGCGGACAAGAUGAUCAUGCUGAAGAAGUUUUUGCCAAGGCAGAGAAGAAAAACGUUACAUUGUGGAAUGAAAUUAUUGCAACUUAUGUGAAUCAGGGAAAAAAUAGUCAGGCGUUAGAACGUUUUAGAUCAAUGCAGCAUCAUGGACUAAAACCUGAUGUUGUAACCUAUAACACACUGCUAGCUGGAUAUGCAAAAAAUGGAAAGAAAGUUGAAGCAUAUGAGUUGCUAUCUGAUAUGUUACGAGAAAAUUUGGUGCCAAAUGUUAUAUCUUUAAAUGUUUUAGUGUCUGGAUUUCAAAAUUCUGGGUUAAGUUAUGAAGCUCUAGAAUUAUGCCAGACCAUGCUAUGCACGGGCUCCCUUCUUAACAAGGCGAUUGCUUUUCCGGUCAUACCAGAUACCGUCACUAUAACUGCUGCUCUGGCAGCUUGUGCUAGCUUGAAUUUGUUGCACAAAGGGAAGGAAAUCCAUGGAUAUAUGUUGAGGAAUUAUUUUGAAAACAACCACUUCAUUUCAAGUGCUCUAAUUAACAUGUACGCAAAGUGUGAGAAUAUUGAUUCGGCAAUUCAAGUAUUUAGCAGAAUAAAAAACCGGAAUGUAGUUUGUUGGAAUGCUUUGAUUGCAGGUCUUUUGAGAAUAAUGCAGCACGAAGUGGCAGUUGAACUUUUCUGUCAAAUGCUAGUAGAAGGCAUAAAACCAAGUUCAGCCACUUUUUCAAUACUUCUCCCUGCCUUAUCCGAAAGGGCAGAUUUGAAAGUGAGAAGACAGCUGCAUUCCUAUAUCAUCAAAAGUCAGCACCUUGAAUCACGCAACGACCUUGCAAAUGUCUUAAGUUCAGACAAUUUUGAUGUUGGAGUUUUGCUUCAUGGAAUAUAAUGCACAGUAUUGUAUGACCAUAUAAAGGCCGUUCUCUCUCCCCCAAGGAAAGAAAACGGUCGGGAUUCCCUUUUUCCUAGUACCUGUAUGAAAAUAUUAGAUGAAGAUUGAGGCAAUGAAAGAUAAUUCUGUAUUAUGAAGAGUCCAGUUCAGCAUGAUACAUCUGACCCGCGUUUGUGGCAAUCAGCCAAACUUUGGUUUAAAUAGAUGGGACUUCCUUCAGAUGAUGAGGCACGACAUCUGAAUCACCACCACGGUUCAAGGGGAACUUUCUUGCCGGAUGGAAUGAUGUUUAGAAAAUGCAUCUGGUGCUAAGGUUUUCCUCUUUCGAGAUUACAUCCAAGAUGCAAAUCCAUGCCAUGGUUAAGUUUAUUGAGGAGGCAUGUGCUUAUGGAAAAUGAGUAAAUCCUAAGUUUCUACCUUUUAAAGUUUUCAAAAUGGAAAGAAGUCAAAGUGGGAAUGUGGAUGAAGAUGAAAAUCCGAGGAGGAUACACAUACAAGACAAGGUUUAUAUAUAAUUAGUCUUCGGCAUCUUUUUUCAGUGCUCAAGAAUUGAUGUUGCAUCUCAAUUUUUCCACUAACAUUAAUCAAUUGAGAGAUAGAGAGAGUUGACUUCA